AUGGCUCCUCGAAAGAAUAACGAAGAUCAACAUGAAGAAUUUCGCCAAACCUUGGAGAAUUUCACUCAGGGGCUGCAAGAAGCUUUGCAACUCGCUGUUGAAAACGCAUUAACAACGGUGCUACAAACUCAGCAAGGUAAUAGACGGGAACGGCGUGGUGAGUUUGAGGAAGAGAACGAUGAUGAAGAAGUUGACAAUCUGUUUGCAAAUCCCAUCCGUCAAGAACGUGACCAACAGAUUCGUCUACGCGACAACAACGUCAACAACAACAACAACAAUAACACUCCUCGCUGGGAAUCCGGAUUCAGAUUGGAAAUUCCAGAAUUUGCAGGUGGCCUUAAAGCGGAAGAGUUUCUCGAUUGGCUGAAUGUGGUUGAGGAAGUUUUGGAUUUUAAGAAAGUUCCUGAUGAGUUUCGUGUCUCACUUGUGGCUACACGAUUUAAAGGUCGAGCUAUGGCUUGGUGGACUCAGCUUAAGGAAUCUCGUCGACGCUCCGGCAAGGAUAAAAUUGAUUCAUGGGAAAAAUUGAAGAAAUAUAUGCGUCGAGGAUUUCUCCCGUAUAAUUAUGAGAGGACAUUGUACACUAAGCUGCAAAACUUACGACAAGGGUCACGUACGGUAGAUGAAUAUGCGUUGGAUUUCUUUGAGAUGACGGCACGCACCACGCUUGGAGAAACUGAAGAUCAACUUGUUUCUCGAUUUAUUGGUGGCCUCCGUUCUCAGCUGCAGAUUCCAUUACAACAGUUCAAUCCAACAUCGGUUUAUGAAGCACAUCAGCGGGCUAAUGGAAUGGAGCUUCAGUACAAGUCCAAUUGGAAUCCAUCCUCAUCUCGUAAUCGUUCCCUUCUGCCACCUCCUAGCGAAUCCAACUCUGUUCAGGCCUCAGAUGCUGCAGCUCCACGCACUAACACGUCACGACCGAGUGCUCCACCUGAUUCAAUUGCAGCUUCUCGUCCACCACAAACCGGAGCAUUGCGUUGUUUCAGCUGCGGCGAGUCUGGUCAUCGACAAACAGCAUGUCCGCACCAGACUAAGCGGGGGAUGUUGACUCAGGAAACAGAGCAAGAUGGCGAGCCUCGAUAUGAUGAUUACGGGUCAGAUGAAGAAGAGCCAAAGGAUGAAUUUAUUUUUGGUGACACAGGUCAUGCUUUGGUACUCCGCCGUAAUUGUUUACUUCCUCGAGCCACAGAGGAAUCAUGGUUACGCUCUAACCUAUUUCGUUCUACUUGCACAAUCAAUGGCAAAGUUUGUAAGCUGAUAAUUGAUUCGGGAAGUUGCACAAACGUGAUAUCAAGAGAGGCAGUUCGUAAGCUUGGUCUCAAGUAUGCAGCUCAUCCAUUUCCAUACAAGCUCGCUUGGUUAAAUACGGGUUCUGAAAUUUCUGUUUCUAAGCAAGCAUUAGUAGCAUUUUCUAUUGGGUCAUACAAGGAUUCAGUUUCUUGUGAUGUGGUUCCAAUGGAUGCUUGCCACCUGUUGUUAGGUCGCCCUUGGCAGUUUGAUCGUGAUACUACACAUAAAGGCAGAAACAACACUUAUAGCUUCACUUUUGGGGGUCGCAAUGUUACAUUAGUGCCAUCAAAGGAGGAGACAGAGUUGUUACCAGCUGUUACAAGUGCGACUGAGAUGAGUAAAACGACUGCUCCACAAUCGUUAUUAGUGGUUCCUAAGGCUGAUUUUGAGGCCCAACUUGGUGAUACUACGAUCGUGUGGGCAUUGAUCUCAGCUCCGCCGCCUUUAAGGGAAGUUUCUCCUACUCCAAGUGCUUUUCACGAGUUACUUAACGAGUUUAGUGAUGUGUUUCCAGAUGAUUUGCCUCAUGACCUACCUCCAUUACGGGAUAUUCAACACCGGAUUGAUUUGGUUCCAAACGCAGUUCUUCCCAACCGGCCUCACUACCGCAUGAGUCCACAAGAACAUGAUGAACUACGUCGCCAAGUCGAAGAGCUUCUCGCUAAAGGACAUGUUCGUGAAAGUUUGAGUCCUACGGCUGUUCCGGCGUUACUUAUUCCAAAGAAAGACGGCUCGUGGCGGAUGUGUGUUGAUAGUCGCGCCAUCAACAAAAUCACUGUCCGAUAUCGCUUCCCAAUUCGUCGUUUAGACGAUUUGCUUGAUCAGAUUGGUUGCGCCUCUAUUUUCUCCAAGCUGGAUUUAAAAAGCGGUUAUCACCAAAUUCGGAUUCGACCGGGAGAUGAAUGGAAAACGGCAUUCAAAACGCGUGAGGGUCUUUUUGAAUGGAUGGUGAUGCCCUUUGGUCUUUCUAAUGCUCCUAGCACGUUUAUCCGUGUGAUGAAUCAAGCUUUGCGUCCUUUCAUCGGUAAGUCUGUUGUUGUCUAUUUUGACGACAUACUUGUGUUUAGCGCAGAUUUAUCAAGUCACCUACGACACCUUUCGGAGGUACUCCACGUCUUGCGCCGAGAGAAA